CUAUCAGCUGAAAACAUUUUGCCAAACCCUCAUUAACAGGAGGCAGGCAGGCAGGAAUUCGGCACUAUAAAGGCAGAUGAUGGAACCUCUCUAUCUAACCCCUUGUUAAUAGUGUUUCUAGUGACAAUAGGCAGUGAUCUAAAACCUGCUAUUGGGCUUUCAAGCAUCAGUCAAACAAAAUGCUGUCGAUUAGCCAUUUCCUCCUCGCUUUCAUUGUGGCAACGCCAUCAGUUCGUGCGCAGUCGUCCACAACUGUUUGUACUCAAACGGGGUGUAACCAAGACAAUUGUUACCGCAAUCUUGUCCAAUCCACUGCAUUCUGCGCAUCAUUCACUGCACCACCUCAAUCUGGAGCCACUCCUACUACAGCAAGUCUCAAUUCCAUCCAGUCGUCGUGUGGAGUUACUCGUUUAUCAUCUGCUUGUUCCUGUCUUUAUCCAUCUGGAGCCACUACCCUCGCAACCAAGGCCAGCAUAACCCAGUGUACUACUCUGCCACUCGCCCCAUCUCCAACGGCACUCAGCGUGAACUUCGAAAGUGAUAGCCAGGCCAUAUAUGUUGGGCGAACCUACAAUGUCAACAACUAUUCCAUUAUAUCUAACCCGUCGCUUGCGCAUUCACCUCCUAAUCUCUUCCGCGUAACUUUCACACCGGAGGCCCCAGGCGACUUCACUUCCCGCAACGUCUAUCUCUUCGCUACCGGCUUGAUGCGCCCAUUUACUGAUUAUACUUUUACGUUCUGGGCCAGGGCAGACGCGUUGACCGACCCAAACGACUCUGACAUCGACUACAUUAAUCUCAUCAUCCAAGGGCUGAAGAAAGGACCGGCGCCUCCCGACCUUGUGCUGACAGAGAGUCCAAGCACAUUCUCCAAUAGACUGCUAACUCCAGCCGUGGACACGACUUGGAGACGGUACACGGGUUCUUUCAAUUCGGGGGAGUGGCCGUAUUUUUACAUCCAAUUCUACUUCAAUAAUGGCGGUUAUAGCUUCAGCGGGGUCGUGCCCAGUCUCUAUAUUGAUGAUGUCAGUCUCGUCCAAGCGUAGGAAGACGCAUCGGUUAGCAUAAGUAUAAUUCUCUUAGCUGCACCAAAGGAAAGUUUCAUUGCCAUGAGACACAUAUUCAGCGUACUUCUUCCUCAUUCGUCGAGUUCUUGAUUUAUCAUUAGAAGGUAUUAGUUAAUGCUUAGCGUGACCAUACUGAACUGAUACUCACUAGCGUCUAUACACAGCAGCAUCUGAGUAGUUUGUAAGUACUUUGACUACAUGCAGCAAAAUCUCAGGGAUUAUUAGAGACCUAGGGGCAAUAUUACAGACUACUAGUUGUUUGGGCGUACAGUAAAUGGGCUUCAUUCACUUUGCUGGACAAUAAACAUCCGCUUGUCGAGUGCUCUUGAGCAAAGAUGCUUUCCCCCAGAGGGAGGGGGUUGGGGUUGUCUCAUUGAGAAGAACUAGGUACCGUAGAACUCGUGUUGAAGGGUCAUGAGAUGCGGGGCUUUGGUGGUAUUGGGCUCAAGCUAUUCCAACAUCGGUAAGUGGUGAUGACAGCUUAUAGUGAUGUCGAUUUUAGGCCAAC